CUUUCUCCGCUUUCCUUGCAUGCGGUUCUGCUUUCCGUUUAGAGUCUAGAAGCCUGUGGGGCGCUUCUGGCUCGUUUCCCCCGCCCCGGUUCCCAACAUGGUCUGGGUCAGCCGAGUCCUACUUCGGAAGUAUGGCAAAUUUAUGGAUGACCUAAGGAUCUAUGUAAAAGGAGGAACUGGUGGAAUGGGCCAUCCUCGAUUAGGUGGGGAAGGAGGACAUGGUGGUGAUGUCUGGCUAGUAGCUGAAGAAAAACUUACCUUGAAGAGAAUAAAAAAUAAGUGUCCAAGGAAACGGUUUGUGGCAGGAGCAGGAUCCAACAGUAGCAUUGCAGCACUGAAAGGUUCAAAAGGAAAAGAUUGUGAAGUGAAUGUGCCCUCAGGAAUAUCAAUCACUACUGAUAAUGGGAAGCUGUUAGGUGAACUUAACAAAACAGGAGACAGAUUAUUGGUGGCACGUGGGGGUAUUGGUGGCUCGCCGGUUACAAAUUUCUUGCCUACCAAAGGUCAAGCAUACAGUAUUCAUCUUGAUUUGAAACUUAUAGCUGAUGUUGGCUUAGUUGGAUUUCCAAAUGCUGGGAAGUCAUCUUUGCUAACGAAGAUUUCUCAUGCUACGCCUGAGAUUGCAGAUUAUCCCUUCACAACUAUAAAACCCGAACUGGGAACAGUUAUAUAUGCCGAUCACAAACAGAUCACAGUUGCUGAUCUUCCAGGUUUGAUUGAAGGUGCACAUGCAAAUAAAGGAAGAGGACACAAGUUCCUGAAGCACGUAGAAAGAACAAAGCAGCUUCUAUUUGUUGUUGAUAUAUCUGGUUUUCAGCUUUCUGCUAAGACACCAUUCAGAACAGCCUUUGAAACUAUAAUGCUACUAGCCAAAGAGUUGGAACUGUAUAAAGAAGAACUUCGAGCUAAAUCUACCCUUCUUGCUGUCAAUAAAAUGGAUUUGCCCAGUGCACAAGAAAACUUUAAUAAGCUUAUGGAACAAUUACAGAAUCCUCAAGAUCAUAUGGAUUCACUCCCCAAAGAUAUGAUUCCAGAAGACAUUGUCAGUUUCAGAGAAAUCAUCCCUAUAUCUGCACAUACUGGUAAAGGAACCGAAGAACUAAUUAUGUGCUUAAGGAAAGUACUGGAUGAAGAGGCUGAAAAGAAUAUUGAAAGCUAUCAGAGGAAGCAACUUUGUGCAUUACAUCUCUCAGAAAUAUAGCAGUUCCUUACAGUCAGCAGCUGUUGUCUGAUGGCUAGGUGAUCCAUGUUGGCAGGCCUCUGGGUGCAUAUUGAAUUCACAUGGUGUCAAGCCCUGAUUUCCUCUCUGAUGCCACUCUCAGGUGUACAGUUGUACUGUUGUCCAGGCAUUUUAAAAGGAAAAGUGAAGUGAAUUAUGUUGCAUUCCAUUUUUGUAAAAUGCAAACAUGUUUAAUAUUCUAAUUAGAUCACUUUAGCAAGUGUUAUGCAGCUUCUCAAACUAUACACAGUCUUUGUCAGGCAUAGAAUACUUUUGAUAAGAUGUAAAUAAAUAUGUAAUUGUAUGUAAAUAUGAUGUUCUCUUUCUGUUUAUCUGUGCAUAGAUUUCAGAAGUUAGUAGCUUUAAUUUGAGAAUAUUAGUGUAAGUCAAGAACAUAAUGAAAUGAUCUUUGGUCACUCCUCUGAAAUAUUUGGGAUAAAAAUAUUUAGAAUUAUAAACAAUGCUAUUUAGCAAUAACAGAAUGAAGCACUAUAUGGAACAUUCAAACUUCCUUUCAGUCUUUUCUACCGCUAUGAAUAACCUAAACGUUAUACAACAGUAGUGUACAUUCUGUGCUCAGAAUAAGUUGUGUCUUUUGCAUAAAUUGUUUCUUUGGCACUAAAAUGAUUUCAGAAGACUAGAUGCACUUGAUAUAUAGGAAAGAAAGAAAAGUAGUAAAGGCCACAAGUAAGAGCUAAGUGCGUUUCCUCCAACUUAUACUAGUUCUCAUACUCAGUUUGGAUUUACUCUGCGCAAGUGGCCCCAAUUUGCUGCUGGAACCACUCAAGCCAGUCCUUUGAUCUGGAGCAAUAACAAUUGACAUUGGUAGAAAUGGACAGCACUGCUAUCGCUAGCCUACCUAGAACAGACUUCAAAUUGCUACUGAGAUUUCAGUUGCAAUAAAAUAAAGCACAACAAAACAAAAAGCAGUCCAAAGAAAAAACACCACAGGAAGCAGUGCAAAUGCUUUUCCUACUAAUAUGCCGGAAAAGUGAGAGCUGCAGCUGAGGAACAGCCGUUCAAAGAUCUUUUGUAGCCUGUCGAUACACAGAGGUAAGGAAAUGAUCUCUCAUGCUAGGCCCAAACCAUUAAGAUCUCAGGCAGUAGUAUGGCCGUAAAGAUGCCUGAAUUUCCUAUUGCCUUCCAUCUGGGGUGGUCAGUUUUUAAGGUUUAGUAGAAAGAAAUGUGAAAGGUUUUAAUGGUGCAAUGCUGUGCAGAAUUAGUCCAUUAAAGUGCAAUCCUAAGCAGACUUUCAGUUGAAAUCA